UUUGUCCUCCGCAGCCCCGGGCGUCUACCAAAUGGUCGUGGUGCUACGCAACUCUCUGAACGGCGUCGGCGAGUACCGCUGGCGCCAGGAGGGCGGCGACCCGGACGACGUUUUCAGCCUGCGGCCGGCGCACGGCGUCAUCGACCCGUACCACAGCCAGCGCUGCGUGGUCACCUUCCGACCGAGCGUGCGCCUGCGGCAGCCGCACACGGCCACCUUCGCCUGUCACGUGACUGGCGGCGACACGCUGACGCUGGCGCUGACCUCCGAGCUCGGCACGCCGCGCCUGCGGCUUACCGACGACCGCCUGCAGCUGGAGAACCUGCCGCUCUACCAGGUGAAGCGUUGCCAGGUGCGGCUCUACAACGCCAGCCUGGUGGACGCGUUCUUCUCGCUGGCUGAGCCGAGGCCAAUGCCGGGUAUCGUGGUGUUCCCGUCGGAAGGAGUGGUGCCGGCUGGUGGAUCGGUGGCGCUGCACGUCACCCUGGUGCCUGUCUCACUAGCGCGCUUCGACUGUCCAGUGCGACUUCACGUGCGCGACGGCCAGGCGGUGACGCUGGGCAUCAGCGGACGCACCGAGGCGCCUGAUCUCGCAGCCGACUGCGGUGCUCUCUACUUUGGCGGCGUGCACUGCGGGAGUUCCGCCAGCCAGGUGUUCCACCUGGAGAACCGUAGCCGCAUCCCGGCCACGCUCUCGGUGGACCUGCGCGAUCACGACGAGUUCUCGCUGGCCGGACCGCUGGAGGCCGGUCGUGACCAGGCCGUCCAGCAGGAAGGGGACGGCAGAUACCUGGUGCGCUGCGGCGCCGGACAGACAGUGGCCGUCAGCUGCCGGUUUGCGCCGCGCUUCCUGGCCAACCACGGCUUCGUGUUGGCGCCGCUGCUACACGCGCCGCCUGAAGUGAGGGAGCUGGGCAUGGCUGGGAGGCCGUCGGUGCUCACUGCGUCCAAGGCGGAUCGGCUGGCGCAGCCGCGGCGUGGCGGUCAGGCGGCUAACCGUUCGGAGGCCGUCAUCGCACUGCCCUCGCUGAAGGUGAUCGCCACUGCGCUUCGCCAGCCGGUGCUGCUCGCACCACAAACGGUCCGCUUUUCCAUCGGCGCCGACCUGUUGGAGCGCUGCUUCAAGGUCACCAAACGCGUUCGCAUCACCAACAACCUGAAUCGCACCGUGCGUGUGGUGAUCAACGCCAAGUCGAGCGCCUGCUUCCGCGUGGGCAGCGCGGAAGCCCCACCUCCGCGCGGCCUCAUCGAACGUGACCUGGAGGUAGGCGCUGAGCUGAAGGUGCCGAUAGUCUUCACGACGUCUUACUUGUACCCGACGCACCCUACCACGGUGCGCGCCCACCUGCCCGUUUACGUGGACACUCUCGACCAGCCGGCCGUCACGGUCGACAUUGAGGCCGAGUGUCGGCCCACGUACUUGACGGCGUCGCCGCGCUCCAUCUACCUGGGGGCCGUGCCGCUGGGCAUGACCGUCAACUCGGAGCUGACCAUCGUAGGACACGACUACCAGCAGCCGGACGAGCUCAGCGUAUCAAUUAGUUACGUGGAGCUGCAGCCAUCGGGCACGCAGGACCUGCCGAGCAUCACGUGGCGUUUCCCCCAGAGCGGCCGUCUGGCGGGCGGCCGGGCUCAGCAGCAGGUACCGCUGAUGGUGCAGUUCAGCGCCGUGCGACCCGUCUCCGUGUCGGCACGUCUGCUGUUGACGGACCGCGCCGGCCGCUCCGUCAGCGUGCUGCUGCUGGGCGCCGCCGACAACUGCCUGCUCACCACCUACUCGUUCCUCAGCCUGCACCCGGAGGGCUACCAGGAGUGGCUGGCGCUGCAGGGCACUCCGCUGGAGGUGGCCGACGAGGCCGACUCUGGUCGCCAGACGGGCGGGCCGCCGGCGCUGUCGGCCGCCUCGCUGGAGCAUGCCGCGGCGGCGGCGGUCCGCUCCGGCUCGUCCGUCUCGUCUGACCAGCUGGAGAUGGACCAGCUGCCGAUGGACGUGCAGCUGCCGAGCGGCUCCACCACUGAGUUCCCCAGGUUCCCGGCGGCAGGACCCGUGCAGACCUUCUUCCAGGCCACAUAUGAUGCCAUUGAAGCGUGGUUCAUCAACUUCGGAUUCCCAAGUGGACCGUUCCCAUACAACCUGUUCCUUCACUUGCCCGAGUGCAUGGGUCACGAAGAGAACUCGAGUCGCUUUUCUAAGGAGGAGAAAGCUCAGGCUCAAAUGUGGCAGACUUUCGGCGAGUCCGUCGCAUAUCUCAGCAAUAAGAAGAUCCCGAACUACAACAUUGAGGACAACGCUGAUUCGGCUGACGGAGCUAGCACGAUCUUAUUUUACAUCAAAAGGAACAGAGCGGUCUUGGACUUCCUGAAAAAGGAGGGCGCCUUGCUGGCACACGUGCGACCCGAAUUCAUGCUGCGAUACGAGGAUUUCCUAAUCCUUCUCCAAGUGGUGGAGGAAAUCCAAGAAAGCGUGGGAUCCAAGCUCGACAUGGCCUUCAACGGGUCUUCGAUCGAGGCGGGGAUAUCUGCGGGGAACCUCCCAUCCAAGCAAUCGUCAUUAGAGGACACGUCGACCGCGGCGUCCCUGCAGGACGUGGCUCGCCACCUCCUCGACCCAAACAUCGUGCCGAUCUACGGCGCCUUCCGUGACGAGGGCCAGUUCCGCGACAUGGCCAAGGCCGCCUGGCUGGACAUCCUGCUGCAGACUUUCCGUCGCUUCAUCCUGCAGACGGUGGUGAAGCUGUCUUCUGUCGGCUUCUGGCCGGAGAUGGCCGACAGCGAUGCCCGCUACAUGCCCCGCGCCAUCGACCCGUUGGAGAGCAACAUCUACAGCGUGCCGGAGCGGCUGCUGCUCGCCUGGAUGACGUGGUCGUACAACAGCCAGCUGCGCCGCCUCUGGGACGCUGACGGUACCGAGGACCGCUGCAUCACCAACUUUGACACCGAUCUGGAGGACGGCGUGGUGCUGUGCUCGCUGUUCGCCUCGCACUGUCCUUUCUUGCGCGAUCACCUGCGCCAGGAGGUGUACGCACAUCCGAGCACGCCCGAGCAGGCCUUCCACAACUGCGUGAUCGUGGCGGAGAGCUGCGCGCUGCUGAACCUGGACACCCGGCUCGACCCGACUUCCAUCAUGGACGCUAACCCUGUGGCACUGCUGAUUCUGGUCACGGUGCUGUACGAGAAGCUGCCGCUGUACUGGCCUCGCGAGGCGAUCCAGUUCCGACCCGAGCUGGGCUCCAGCCAGACGCGGCAACUUACCAUGCGCAACACGAGCAGCCGACCGGUGACGUACGAGGUAAAGCUGCUCGGCGCCGAGAAGGGCGUGUUUCAGGUGCAGGGCGGCGGCACAGAGAUCGUCAUCGGCCCGCGACGGACGCUGGACGUCACCGUCCAGUGCAGCGUCCACCGCAUCAAACAGUACGCAGCCACGCUGCUGCUGUGCCCGAAGUCGUGCCAGACCCCGCGGCCCCGUCCGCUGGUGUACCCGCUGGCCGGUGGCCCGCUGGGCGCCGCCGCUCCGGCCAUCGUCGAGGUCGUCUCGCCGCUGUACAGCUGCCGCAACGUGCGUGUCGAGAUGCCCAACCCUCUGCGCGAAUCCGGUGACUUCGAGGUACGGCUCACGGACAAGCCGCAAGGCGAGCGCGACCUAGACACCUGGCUGCGCAGCGGCGUCGACCCCUUCCCGGCCAUGGUGCUGCCGCAGACGGUGUCGCUGCGCGCGCGAGGCAAGUCCCGCGUCGACGUUGAGCACAUGCCGUGGGUGGCGCGCGCACGUGACUACUACGCGCUCUUCUCGAACGCGAAGCUGGGCGACUUCACGGUGUGUUUUCGCUCGGCGCCGGCCGACCCGGAGCCGUUCGCGACUGUGAAGCCGGCUCACGGCUGGCUGACGAGCCUGAAGCAGACGCGAUGGGGCGGAGUGUGCGCUGAGCCGUCAGCGGGAGCCACGCCGCUGGUCCGGCGGCAGGUCAACCUCUCCGGAGCACUGAUACAGGUGGGCUGCCGCGACGGGCCCCAGUCGGACCUGGACGAGGCGCUGCAGACGGCCGGUCCGCCGCCGGACGGUAUCUCUGCAGCCUGGGUGAUGGCUGCCGAUGAAGUGCUCUGCGUACACUGCCACCUGCUGGUCGACCUGAGCACUAAACUGCGAGAUUUUCUCGAGCAGUGCGCGCCCGCCUGGGAGAGCGAGAUUGAGCGGGAGAGGAGACAGCUGAACGGCACGCAAGUGUCUACCGAAAUGAUGCAACAAUUCCAGACUGCGAAAUACUCGGCAGCCGUCAAGACCGUCACCAUAUCUUCCAACAAGAGAGUGCCGACACCGGACCUUCCCGAACCUCCUCCCGGCUAUGUCGCUUAUCAAGUCCUAUCACGAAAGAAGGAGCUACUCAUUUCGCCAAAGUCCAUUCAAAUGGAAGGUACCGCCGGUACCAAGUCAGUGCCGCUGUGUCUCAGCACCUCGGCACUGGAGGUCGGCUGGCACGGGGCCGACAUUGUGCUGCGCAGUCCAAAGUACGGGGACGUGGUGACGGCGCGGGUGGCGGUACUGGUGACCCGACCCGACCCCGCCGCGGACCGCCGCCAGUGACUGCAGACGCUGACACAACCUGGCUACCUGUCGUCCCACAGAGGUGCUAUCCGGCAUUACAAUUGGGGUAAUGGUUGGCGCUGUGGCUGAUGGAAGAAAUGUCAAAGCGCACACAUGUGCGAAUUACGUUAUCAAUAGAGAUAACGCUACAAUCUGCAGUGUAAUAAAAUCGUCUCCUAUUUUUACAACCAA